AUGUUCAACGGCGAUGUGGCCUCCUCUCCGCAAGAUAUAUGUAAUCUCUUUGCCGAUAAAUUUGCUAGUGUCUUCACCGAUGAGCAACUGGAUGAUAACAACGUCACACUCGCCGCUAGCACAGUUCCACACUUUGGGCAAUCACUGAGCAGUGUAGACAUCGAUGAAAACAUGAUUGCCAGGGCUUCCGUUAAGCUCAAGACGUCGCACAACCCGGGACCCGAUGGAAUUCCAUCGGUAUUUGUCAAGGCGCAGAUCAUCAACCUAUUGCCACCACUGCUUCACGUAUUCCGACUAUCCGUAACUACUGGCCUGUUUCCGUCCACAUGGAAGCUUGCGCACAUGUUCCCAGUACAUAAAAAAGGGAACAGGCAAGAGAUUGGCAACUAUCGCGGUAUUACUUCGCUCUGCGCCAUCGCCAAGUUGUUCGAGAUCGUCAUCAUGGACCCGUUGCUCGAUCACAGCAAAUCGUUUAUUAGCACGAUUUAG